AUGAAAAAAAAUAAAAUUCUCACUCUCUUUAAUCUCUUUUUCCGUCCUUUUCGUAUCUUUCCUUCUUUUCACAAAUGGAGAAAUCAUUUAGCAAGCAGAAAUCUAUCAAAUAAAUCUAUCUAUCUAUCUAUCUAUCUAUCAACCUGUUCAUAUUAUAUGAAUUUUAAGACUGGUUAUAUGGAGACUUUCAUAUUCUUUCUAUCUAUCCUUUCUGAGCAAAGCAUUGAUCACUUGAAAAAAAAUCUGUCUGUCUGUCUAUCUAUCUAUCUAUCUAUCUAUUCAUCUAUCUAUCUAUCUAUCUAUCUAUCUAUCUAUCUCAGUCUAUUUCUAUCUAUCUAUUUAUUCAUUAUCUAUCCCUAUUUUAUCUAUCCCAAUUCUGUUUUUAACUAUCUAUCUCAGUAUCUUUCUUCAUCUAUCUAUCUAUCUAUCUUUCUUCUAUCUAUCUAUCUAUCUAUCUCAUCUAUUUUUCAUGUAUCUUAUCUAUCUAUCUCAUAUGUUCCUAUCUAUCUAUCUAUUAUCUAUCUAUCUAUCUAUCUAUCUCUAUCUCAGUCUGUCUGUCCUUUCUAUCUCCUUCUGUCCAUAUCUAUCUAUCUAUCUAUAUAUCUAUUUAUCUAUCUAUCUAUCUAUCUAUUUAUAUCUCUCUUUUCUAUCUCCAUAUCUAUCUAUCUAUCUAUCUAUCUAUCUAUCUAUCUCUAUCUAUUGUAUCUAUCUAUCUCAUCUCUCUAUCUAUCCUAUCUAUCUAUCUAUCAGAAUAAUUUAUCCAUCUAUCUAUCUGUCAGUCUUUUUCCAUCAUCUAUCUAUCUCAGUCUGUUUCUAUCUAUCUAUCUUAGUCUGUUCCUAUCUAUCUAUCUAUCUAUCUAUCUAUCUAUCUAUCUAUCUAUCUAUCUAUCUAUCUCUUUCUGUUCCUAA